AGACUGUGAGUGGCAUAUGGUUCUUUUUAUCGAAUAAAGUCGUUUUUGCAAUAUCCUUAUGACAAGUAGGGCAACAAUACAUAUUCUUUCGGUACAAGGAAACUGAGACUUCAUCCAACCGAACUUGUAAUAAACUCUAACUAGGCAUUGUCACAUGUUCUUCUCAUACCUGAUUCAAAAAUUGAAGCGACAACUAUCUCCUUUUUCAGGAGUCGUUUCUUCACUUGUACAACUGCAACGUAGUCCACAAGAAACUAUUCUUAAGGGUUUCCGUAGUCGAAGCUAUGGUAAAGAUGUUGUCGUUGGGAUGUAUUGGGGACGCUAUGAUUCUAUGCAGUCCUUAUUUGGUCACAUACAAACUUCGAGGAAACAAAGCCUUGGCUUUAUGUCACUAUCUGUUCUACAGAGUUGUUUAACCUGUUUUCAUUCCCUGCACCGUUGGAGACUGUCUUUUUCUUCAAGGAAGUUUUCUCGACUCAAGUGUAACGUUCAACCCAGUCGAGUUGACUCGAGAGUGCCAAUAGUAAUAAAUACUUCAUCAGAAGAAGAAAUUCCCAAGGAAACGUCUUGUAAGCAUCCACGGAUUGCGGAACUUACAAGGAAUCAGUUGCCUACAGAGCAACUCUCGUGGGAAGAUGUAGAAAGACUUACCUGCCACUUGGUACAUAAAAUUAAGGAAGAACAGUAUAUAUUUGACGCAAUUCUUGCCAUUACGAGAGGCGGUCUAAUUCCUGCUACUAUUGCUGCGGAAACUCUUGAGCUUCGAACAGUUUUUGUGGCCACUGUUAUCUUUUAUGGUGACCGAGGUGAUCCUUUUUAUGGCUUGGCAGAACCUCGCAUUUUGUUUUUUCCAGAGAAAGCAUCACUGGAAGGUAGAAAGGUUCUUGUUAUUGAUGACGUUUGGGAUACAGGUAGAACUUGCAAAAAGGUAGCUGAAAGAUGCAUACGUUCGGGAGCUGAGUGCAAAACUGCUGUGCUACAUUACAAACCUUCUCGAACGCAGUUUUCAGAUUCGAAGCCUGAUUUCUUCUCUGUGACUACUGAUAGGUGGAUUGUAUAUCCUUGGGAAUUGCAUUCACCUGUGACACGGGAUCUAAUGCCUACCUAACUGUGUUGUGCCUGUUUUGAGAGCUAUGAAAAGCACAUUCUAAAUUUUGUUUGGUUAUUUCUUCUUGGCGAUAAUGUCUUUGCAUGUAUUGAAAGAUUCCACUGAAAGAUAAAAUUCCUAUCUUUAUUGACAGUUGUCAAUUUUGUA